GAGAACGUGUGAGUCUAUCACGGUCUGGUAUAGGUAGUUGGUUGUGGAGUGCGUUUGAUGGGUUACCUUUUAUGGCGAUUCAAGUAACAAGAAAACAUUAGUGAAACUUGUGAUGUUUUAAUAAUAAAUUGAAAGGAAAACUUCUAACGGAAAAAAACAUUUUCAAAAUGUUUGGCAGCUUGAAAUGGAUUAUAGCAGUAACAAUUACUACAUCUCUAGUAAAGGCAAAUUAUUCGCCUCCAGAGAGAUUGACUGGAAUGAAUCCUUGUAUUAGCAAACAAACAUGUCAUGAAUGCAUACAAACACCACAUUGUGCCUGGUGUGCUGCACCAAAAUUUUCUGAGAAACGUUGUUUUUUACCAAACAUUAAUACUAAAAUAUUUGCAACAUGUCCUGCCGAAUAUACAUGGAAUCCAGAUAAUGUUUUUAGUAUGAUAAGACAUAGAAAUUUAACAAAAGGUGGAUAUGCAUAUGGUGGUGCUAAUAGUUAUGAGUAUUCUAGCACAUAUGGCUCUAGUUCGCAGUCCAGUAGUAGUAGUAGUAGUAGUAGCAGCAGCAGCAGUAACAGUAGUGGCAGAAGACAAGAAGCUGUACAAAUUUGGCCACAAGAAGUUAAUCUAAAACUUCGAAUAAAUGAAGCACACAGAAUGACUUUUGCCUAUUCACAAGCUGAAGAUUAUCCUGUUGAUUUGUAUUAUCUUAUGGACUUGAGUAAAUCAAUGGAAGAUGACAAAAAAAAAUUAUCAGAUUUAGGUCAACUCUUAGUAGAAAGUAUGAGUAAAAUUACUAGUAAUUUUCGAUUAGGUUUUGGCAGUUUUGUUGAUAAAGUUGUAAUGCCUUACGUUAGUACUAUGCCUAAAUCAUUAAUAGAACCAUGUGAUGGGUGUGCAGCACCAUAUGGUUAUAAAAAUAUUAUGACAUUGUCUCAAGAUACUAGUCAUUUUGCAAGUUUAGUGCGAAAUGCUUCAGUAUCUGGAAACUUAGAUGCGCCAGAAGGAGGAUUUGAUGCAAUAAUGCAAGCUAUAGUUUGUAGGCGACAGAUUGGCUGGCGUGAAAAGGCUCGUAGACUUUUAGUAUUUUCUACAGAUGCCGGUUUUCAUUAUGCAGGUGAUGGUAAAUUAGGUGGAAUUGUCAAACCAAAUGAUGGUGAAUGUCAUUUAGAUGGUACUGGACUUUACACGCAUUCAUCUUUGCAAGAUUAUCCAAGCAUUUCUCAGAUUAAUUUGAAAGUCAAACAAAAUGCUAUUAAUAUUAUAUGGGCUGUUACGGAAGAGCAAAUAAAUGUAUAUAAAAGACUGACUAAACACGUAGAAGGAUCUUUUGCUGGUAAAUUGUCUGAUGACUCGAGUAACGUUGUAGAAUUAAUUCGUGAACAAUAUGAUGCAAUUUCAAGCUCGGUCGAAAUGAAAGAUACAGCUAGCAGCGCUGUUAAGGUAAAAUAUUUUUCGAAGUGUUUGGGUACGGGACCACUUAUUGAAACUUCAAAAUGUGACGGAUUAAAGGUUGGAACAAAAGUAGAAUUUACUGCAGAAAUUGAAGUCACAAGUUGUCCAGAAAAUAGGUCUGAAUGGAAACAAAAAUUCGAUAUUUAUCCAGUUGGGAUUAAUGAAACACUUACUGUAAAUUUAGAAAUGUUAUGUGACUGUGAAUGUGAACGCGAAGGUGCUAUGUAUGAACCAAAAUCUCCAGAAUGUAAUGGUGUAGGAACUUUAAAAUGUGGUAUUUGUGAAUGUUAUGACGGAUAUUUUGGAAAACGUUGCGAAUGUAGUCCUCAUCAAGAAAUGACAGGACUAGAUAAACAUUUCCAAUCUUGUAGACCAGAUAACACUUCUCUGGUAGAUUGUUCAGGAAGAGGAACUUGUGCUUGUGGUCAAUGCGAGUGUGAAGAAAGAGAAAAUCCUGAAGAAAUAAUAUCAGGUCAUUUUUGCGAAUGUGACAAUUUCUCAUGUGAUCGAGAUCAAGGUUCUUUGUGCUCGAAUCAUGGAACGUGCGAGUGUGGACAAUGUGUCUGUAAUGCAGGUUGGACUGGUCCAUCUUGCAAUUGUAGAUCUUCAAAUGAAACUUGUAUUGCGCCAGGAACUACUAAUGGAGUGUUAUGUUCAGGACAUGGAGAUUGUGUUUGUGGUGAAUGCAUCUGCCAUGAAGAAGGAAAUACUAGAUAUUCUGGUAAACAUUGUAAUAAAUGUCCAACUUGUCCAAGCCGGUGUGAAGAAUUAAAAAACUGUGUAUUAUGUCAAAUGUACGGUACUGGUAAUUUCACUGACAAAGAAGAAUGUGCAAAAAAUUGCAAAACAUUCGUUCCCGAACCAGUUGAUACAGUAAUACCAGAUGUGGACAAGGAUGAAGUUCCAUGUUUUGGUAUAGAUGAAGAUGACUGCAAGUAUAACUUUGUUUAUUAUUACAAUGAAACGAAUUGCCUAAAUGUCCGAGCUCAAAAAGAAAGGGAAUGUCCACCGCAAGUUUAUAUGCUCGGUAUAGUAUUGGGUGUAAUUGCAGCUAUUGUUUUAAUCGGUCUUGCAUUGUUACUUUUAUGGAAAUUAUUAACAACUAUACAUGAUAGAAGAGAGUUUGCAAGAUUUGAAAAGGAAAGAAUGAUGGCUAAAUGGGACACGGGUGAAAAUCCAAUUUAUAAACAAGCAACAUCAACGUUUAAAAAUCCAACAUAUGCUGGGAAGUGAAAAAUCAUUAAAAUAAUCCUUAUUUAAUG